UGAAGUAAACGGAAGCAGAGAGGAGUCGAAGCGAAAGGAUUUACGCCGCCCAAAAUCGGUCCUCGUGAGAUAAGGUUUAGGGGUGUCGAAAUACGUGAGACUUAUUCAAUCGAAUAUAAGUUUCGUAAUGUUUAGGCUAUUAUAAAUGUACUGAUAUAAGUGGACGCACGUGGAAUUCAGGCAACUGAUAAAUACGACCUAGUUGUAUAUAAUCUUUACGGAAAUGAAGUGUCCAAAAACAAUUUCCACGUUCGCGUUUUUAUUGUUAUUUAGGCGUGUAUUAACACCCAACUAAAAUUAUUACUAAUUUAACUGCAUAGCAUCACAUACUUAAUUCGCAUUAGAGACAGAACUUGGUUGAUAGAUGUUAUCUAGGUAACACUGGCUAGCUGCUAACAAUGGCUAACUGUAUGGUUUUUCACAAUCAAAUAGCCUCCAUCAUGGAGGUGUUAGCGAAUGCAGCCGUGGCAGAGAUCUGUAAACUCGUAGACGACGACUAUGCAGUGUUUCGUUUGGAAAUAACUCAAAGCCAGAAAGAAAACAGGACAUUGCGGAGGAAACUACUGGAACUGAAGGUGGCACGGGAGCGCGCAGAGAGGACAAUGCGAGAGCGCGUCCUCGCCAGUCGGCCCAGUAUCAAGAUCCUUGACCGAUACAGAGGAAUAGCAAGAGGUGAAGGACAUCUCCCUGGAGGCCACAGGAACUUAGUGAAGCCAUCGGGACAAAAUACAUUGAGAGAUGACCAACCAAUCACUGUUGAUGAGGGGAAUGGAACCUCAACCCAGCACAUUAUCAUGAUAGAGUCUGCAGAGGCUGCAGGUCCUGGGGUCAAGCAGGAGAGGUCUGAAGGAGAGGAGAACACACUGCACAUUAGGGACAUCCAGACUGGAUUGGCUGGAGCGCCCCCUGUAGCCACGGACGAACCCGACACCGCCCCAGCGCAGCCCAAGACCCGACGCAGCGUGACGGAGGUCAGUGGAACGCUGAACGCCGUCCUCAAGUCAGAGACAGACACAGAGACUUUAACUGUAACACACAGGCUUUUACACACAGGAUCUGACCAAAUGUUGGACCCAGAGAGACUGGGGCUGGGGAGACUGGGCUGCCCUCCUGCUCCCGCCUCAGAGUAUUUACUUUAUGGAAACCCGAGCCCGAGGACAGUUCAUUCCCAUUCGGACUCAGGUGGCACGUCAGAGACUGGUAAUGAUCCUUCUUGUUCUUACACUUCAGAGAUGGACCCUAGCAACAUUCCCUUGGGUUUAGAGGCACAGACUGAUCUGUCUAGACGGGACUGGAACCGGUGCAGUAGAAGUGUAUACUCUGAAGGGUGCCUAUAUAAGGCAGGGGAGGGUAUGGCCGUAGAUGAAGUGACUGUGAAAGUGGAGGGCGACAUUCCUCCCACAUGGAAUGCAGAUAGUCUCCUAGGAGAUGGACACUCACAGGGCAGAGAUUUCUUAGAUUACAGGGAAAGCUUGGAGACAAAUCCAAAUGUCGCUACCCACUACCCUUUACACACGCUCAGGGAUCGCGACCCUUUGUCCACGUCGAUAGGGCCUUCUGAUUCACAUGGCAGCGUCCUCUUCGAUCAGGCAUUGAACUCAAACGACAGGACUAGAGCCCAGGCUCAGAGAGGGGAAGCUACAUCAGGCAAUAGUAAAGAUAAACGGUUCCUCUGCAUGUUCUGUAACAAAGGCUUCAGCUGCCCCCAGAAGGUGGAGAUCCACCAGAGGGUACACACGGGGGAGAAACCCUACAGCUGUACCCAGUGUCACAUGCGCUUCACCCAGGCUGGCAACCUGAAGAGGCACCAGAGGGUGCACACUGGGGAGAAACCCUAUAGCUGUACCCAGUGCCACAUGCGCUUCGCCCAGGCCGGUCACUUGAAGAUGCACCUGAAGGUCCACACGGGAGAGCGGCCGUUCACUUGUACGCACUGCGGGAAGAGGUUUUCAGAGAGGAGCUACCUCAGGAUACACCAGCAGAAAAAACACUCCACUCUAUAACAUAGAAAUUAACCAUUCCACUCGAUAGCUUCUGAGGUUUAGAAUAACAGGAGUAACAGAUUUCGGUGUUGAAUAUUCCUGGGUAGAAUGUUGCAUCCAGACAUUGUGUGAUAUAUAAGCCUACAAAUCUGUUACAUAUUGUGUUUGUACUGUGUAGGCUAUAUGAUGUUCACAAAUGCCCAUUUGAUUACUUCCAUUAAACUACUUAAUUUUUUCCCCAAGACACUUUUAAUGAGAAAAUGAAUGCAGUGUAUCAAGUUCAUGCCUAAUUUUUUGUUGAUGUAUGUGUGGUUUUCUUAUGGUGUAUUGAAGUUGUUUGUUUAAUAAACACACAAUUGGACUUUUAAUUUUAAGACUUUAA